AUGAAGAGCGUUCGGAGACCCAAAACCGGAGGUAAGGCUAGAGCUAAGGCCAAGACUCGCUCCUCCCGCGCCGGUCUGCAGUUCCCCGUGGGUCGUGUGCACAGGCUUCUGCGCAAAGGCAACUAUGCCGAGCGCGUCGGAGCCGGCGCACCCGUCUACUUGGCCGCGGUGCUGGAGUAUCUGACCGCCGAGAUCCUCGAACUGGCUGGGAACGCCGCUCGCGACAACAAGAAGACCCGUAUUAUCCCUCGUCACCUACAGCUGGCUGUUCGUAACGACGAAGAGCUGAACAAACUGCUCGGAGGGGUGACCAUCGCUCAGGGUGGCGUACUGCCCAACAUUCAGGCUAUUCUGCUACCGAAGAAAACCGAGAAAGCGGUCAAGACCAAGUAA